AUGCCUGUGAAAGUUGGGCAACUUCCCAUUUCUGGUACCCUUGAGUCGGUGAUGCGGCUUGACGAGGAUUUCGACACCGUCAACGCGGUGGCGGUCUGCACCCUGGGCGUGCUGCACUUCAUGGCUCUAGAAGGGCCGGCUGCACCUCCCAACUUCCUCAAAGCACACGUGGCUAAGCGCAAGGCUAUGUCGGAGCUCUCCCGGGAGCUUCUGCAGCUGCAGCAGGCGAGCGAAGGCGAGGGAACGGACGCCGAAGAGGCCCGGAUCAGCUUCGAGGAGAAAGCCAGGCAUCUUUACACCAUGGGUGGAGUCCUUGGUCUUCUCCAGCGCGACCCGGAAGUUGUUUGCAAAGGGCCCGUCGACUCGGACUUCGAGGAGAAGGUGGAGCAGCUCAUUCAGGAGAGAGAUGCUGCGAGGAAAGACAAGGACUUCGCCCGAGCAGAUGCUAUCCGAGACGAGCUGACAGGUGGAGCGGAUGGUAAAAGACUCUGGAAGCAGUUCGGGACCUUUCUCUGGAUCCUCAUAUGCGGCCAGUUCUUUUCGCUCGCCACUCUUUUCAGUGCCCAUGCCCUUGCUGAAGCGCAGGAUCCAAGUCAGAUAUGGCCGGAGGCCGACUCCGAGUUGGCGCCACUGCUGCCCGAGAUGGCCGACGCCCUCGACUGGGUCAGCCAGAGCGACAGCUUCGUUGACUCCUAUAUUUUCCGCGAUGUGCUGCUGUUCAACUCCCGUGCCAGCGGUGUCAAAGGACUCAUGGCCACGAAUUUGUCCGAAGCCAGCUUCGUCAGCGAAGAAGUUCGACCAGGUGACAUUUCUGCUGCCCGCGGCUACACGGAGUUCGAGGGCAAGCUCUUCUUUGCCGCCGCGACGGCAGGCGGUGAUGAGCUUUGGUUCUGGGAUGGCUCAGAUGCCCUGAACGCCAGCAUUCGGCCGGUGCAGAGCUUUCGCAACAGGCUGAGCUUGCGGAACUUCCGGGUCCACGGCAGCAGCCUCUACAUCAAAGUGUCGUGGCUCGUUUGCGGGUCCUGGAACCCUGGGGUGAUUCGGUUGCAGAACGACUCUGUGGCAGUGGUGGGAGGAUCUCUUAGCUGCUCUAGGCCCUCGCAAGGAUGCUUGAUCGGCGAGCUGUGCUUAGCGCUGGUGCCGCUGGCAGCGCUCUCCACCCUGCUUUUAAGGUCCUUCCCCGGACUUUGCGUUAUCCUCUUUUUCAGCCUCUACGGCGUCAUACUCGUGGUGCGGCUGCUGAUAGUCCCAGAGCUGGAGGAGCUCAGGGAAUUUCUCCUCACGUCCUUUGCGGCGUAUAGUUCCGCUGGCUAUGCCCUCGUGAUGCUGCUGCACUUGUGCGGCCGGGACACUGAAUGGACGGAGGACUUGAAGCGCUGGGCAACCGUUUUGGUGUCUGUGAGCUUUUGCGCUGCAGCACAGCUUCGCUUGGACAUCCCAGAGGCUGUGGAGGUCUGGCGCUGGGCGGUCUUUGCAAUUUGUGGUGUUGCCCUUCAACUGCUGGGCGUCGUCGGCAGGAGGAGACUGCCCGCGGUCGUGGGACACUUGGUCCUCCUGCUCGUGCUGGGGAAGCUUGCGCUGGAGGUGCUCGAGCACCUCACGCCGACGCCAAGCGCCGGCCUUGCAGCCCAACGCGCUAUCCAGCUUGCUUCCCUUGCGGUCCUCUUCGGUGCAGUCCCAUCGCCAGAGUCCGUUCCGUACAAACACGCGGGAAACAUCCGCAGCGUGCAUCCGGCACCUGGGAAGGAGGCAACAAGCGGUUCCAAAGAACCCACCAACCAGCGGGCCAAGGUGGAACUCGGGGAUGACGACCUCGAAGUCUAUGAAAAGACUAACCAAAUGGCGCAGCACCUCCAGGCGAGCGACGCCGAGGCGCGCCCAGCAGACGACCCCGGCAAUGCCAUGCUGGAGCUUGAGGAGGAGUCUGGUGUGGCCUCUGAUGAGGAAGUUUGA